AGAAGCUCUAUUAACUGAUGGGUUUUGACAUGUUUUCCUAUGAGAGUAUUCCUUUAACUUUCCUUCUUUAAUAACCCCUCUACUGGGUACCCAUGGGAUAUUGUACAGCAGAUUUAUGCUUUAAUGAAAAUAAAAAAGGAGUUUGGUUGGGGGGUGGCCCUUCCAAGAGGAGAGGAAGGAAACAUCAGAUAGUUGUGCAGCACACAUGGAAGGAGCCUCUGACAGAAAUAGAUCUGACCUAGAAACAUUAUUUCCUGCCCUCCCCUCUAUCGAGGUGCUUAUGUUGCGCAAGGCCAGCGACCGCUUAUAAUUUCCAAACCGAUGAAAAAUUUAUUUGUGUUGAUAAAAUUGCGUAUGAAGCAAGUGCCCAUAAGUGGGUCAUUUUGAUAGAGCUUGCCAAAAUGUGUUCAGAUAUACACACAAGGCCAGUCAUGGCUGGUUUAUGUAGAUCAACUGGACCCAUUUUGUGGUUCAUUUCCUCCCCGUAACAAUAACUGACAUGAAAAUGUAAUGGUGGCAUACGCCCUUUUAUAUUCACCUAUUUGCUUUUAAGCUGCCCACCCAUUCAUUGCAUUGGACCCAUAGUUUCAGAACCAAUGCUGUUGGGUCAGUGAAACUGAAGAGUUGCCCGUUGGCUAGUUGCCCAGGAAAAGAGAGAAGAGUGUAGUCAAUCGUAGCCAAAGUUUGGUGUUUGGAAAGGGCAUGGCAGUGAGGUUGAGGAUGGAAGAAGGAAGAAGAGAAUCCAUAAAUGGGAGAAUAGAAUGCAUAGGGCAGUCAAAGGAAAGGUGGUCUCAGUAACUAGGGCAAGUUCAGAACCAGAAACAGUAGGAAGAACUUCAAAUACAUGAGAUUUAAGAGAAGCCCAUUGCAAAGUUCUUGGGGAUUUAGUUGCCAAUGGCCCAUCCUCCCCCAAAACCACCCCAAUUUGCCUUGAUCUUACCUUAUCUCUUCCAAGAUGCACUCCCAUUACCCUUCCUUCAGCAGGUGCAAUAUUAUAGUUCCAUCUAUUUAUGCCAUUAUUCCACCCCAUUUACACCAUCGCCAUGACCACUUUUGUGCCCUCCCCCAUCUGCUGGUAAUAUUCUCUAGAAAGGUGGCAACCCUACGGGGGGAAGAGAUUGCUGGGGGCGGUGGAAGAGGCCACCUGGAAUAGAGGGGUGCAUGGGGAGAUGUGCAGAAGACGAUGGGUUGAGUGAAUGAAACCAUGAUACAGUAUGAGGGCAGUAGUAAGGCUAUAUGAUCUUGUAAUAAACAAUUCAGAAGCUCAGAGCCUGCUGCCCGUCAAGACUAGAUUUAAUAAAUGUAUUUAAGCUAAUGGGUAGAUAUAUCUAUAAAGCAGACCUUGUAAACACACAAGGCUUAGUACUGAGAUGAAGAUUACAUGCCCUUUACCAUUACCCAUUGUUCUAUUUGAUCUUCUCUCAUGGUAUAAUUGAAUCAGUAAAGACAAAAUCUACCCUAGUUAUGAAUAACCAAUUUGAUUUACACAUAAGGGCACAUUUAUCAUAAAUCACAUGGUCAUGUUUUUCUGUCUUGCAAGACUAGGAAGCUAAGACUUGAGUAGGCAAAUAAGGAUUACAUUUGAUUGGAGAAAUUAUAUUUGAACGUCUGCAGUAAAUUUGCGGACACAUUGCAUCUCAAAAGAAUCUUAAUGUUCAAGUAUCAAGGGAAAAUUUUUUUUUAUCCCAUUUUUAUUUAAAAAUAGAACUUUCUGUAUAUUGUAACUGGGCUGGUAUAAAGGCUGCUCUGAGAUACUGCAAUAACCAAGCUGCCCUAUUCUGGUAGAUCAUGAAGUCAGAGCCUGAGUGGCACCUGCCUUUGGACUUGUAGGGCAAUAUAUAAAUGGCAUGUAUCAAUAUGUCCCUUAUGCAUCUGCUACCAAAGUCCAUUCAUUAGUACAUGCAAAAGCCCAUCGUAUUGACCCAAGUACUGGGAAUGUGUUUCACAAACUGAGUAUUUUCCUAUGCAAAACAUAAAGAGACUAUAGAUAGAACCUCUAGUUUCCUAAAGAGAUACUAAAAGAACAUACAUAUUUGUUCUCAUGGAGGUAAAUAUGUCAUCGUAGCACAAACAACCACUGACCCGCAGAGUCAGCAAAAAUUUGCCCUUCUUUCACAGCCUAUAUGUGAUACACGUCCCAGUACCCAAACCCAAAGCCCUAUUUCAUCAUCACGCACCCACCACAGCAAUAACCAGCUUUAAUAGCUGCUUGCACGAUUAUACAAAGUCAAUGUACUGAGAUGGGGGGAGGGUAAAAUGUACGAUUCCCAUGUUUUCUAAAUACAAUCCCAUGGCAAGUUUAGGAUACUGUAUGCAGUGAACCCCCAUUUCCCAGUUUCCAAGGGAAAACAUACAACCUGGGAAAGAAAAUCCACAGUGGGGGUUCUUCAUAAACAUUGGGAAUACUUGCCCCUGGGCAGUAACCCCAUGGCAACCAAUCAGAUAUCUGCUUCUGUUGCUCUGGCUGAAAAAAAAUUAAUCACUGGGUGUUAUGGGUUACUGCUAUUUGCCCAAUGUUUAUAACUGAGCCCCACUUUGCCUGUGUGGGACUGGCAAAAACAGAGCAGUAGAGGCAUAAUACAGAGAAGGCAAUGGCCAGACUGGAACAGGGUCAAAAGAGUACCCAGGACCAGGGUCAGACUGUAGUGUGCAAGGCCCCCACAUCCCCUUAGCUCAGUGGUUCUCAACCUUCCUAAUGCCCCAACUCUUUAAUACAGUUCCUGAUGUUGUGGUGACCCCCAACCAUAAAAUUAUCCCUAAGGCCAUUUCAAAUGUUUUUUCCGAUGGUCUUAGGUGACCCCUGUGAAAGGGUCGUUCAAUCCCCAAAGGGGUCCCGACCCACAGGUUGAGAACCUUUGAUGGGAUAGGGGAGGGCAUUGGAGAUCACAGGUGGGGAUUGGAUCUGGGUUUUUUCCCAGUCCAACCCAUGACUUGUUUGAAUGUUACCAGAUGUUGUUUGAUUUACAAGAGAAAUGGCACAAUAAUAUCAUUCUGCUGCCCACAUCAUCCAUGUCCAGACUAUGAAAUCAAGUUGCACUUGGCGGUGAUGGACAUACCCCAUGCUAUAGGAAAGUACCUGUGGUGGUGCAACAUUGCUGCCAUAUCUCAUUAAGGCUGUAGGAUUCAGACUCCUUAGGUUGGGUUGCAGUCUAACAUUGACCAACUAUAGUCUACAAAUCUUAUAUUGGAUUGGAGAUUUUUUCAGUUCAAGCCCUCAUUUUGGAUUUCCGCCUUUGUAAAUAGGUCACAAAUACCAGUGUAUCAGUCAUUCACCUUUGGUUUUAAGAAUUUUUAGCGCAAUAAAUGUUUUCAUGCCCCAUCUGUCCCUAACUGCCCUUCAAGCUAGGCUUUUUGGAGUAUUAGAAGAGCAAGUAAACAUUCUCCCCAAUUAUAACCCAAACUAGCAUUCAGGCUGAGCCUCCGUGCCAGUGCUUCAGACCCCCCGGGGGCAGAGUUAUGAACCACAUUUCCCUCAAUAAGGAGAGUCCACAGUUUUUGAACUUUUCUGACACCCAGAUUCCACAUCACUGAGUAAUUUUUACAAGGUCAAAAUUAGCAAGAUCAUGAUGAAGUAGUGCCGGGGAAUUCUGUUCCAUUUCCUUCACCAAAAUUUUGGGGCAAAAAUUUAUAACAUGAUUGAAGUCAAUGGGUAUUUUUUGGUUUUUCUUUUUGCUUGAAUUUUCCCAAACUGCACAACUUCUUUAUUUUUAUUUUUGCAGUAAAACCUGGCAAAACAUUUCACCCAUCACUACUGAUAAGCUCUUAUUAUAUCAUGAAUUAGGAAUCAGUAUGUGAAUAUAGAUGGCAUUUUUGGUUUCUACAUGACAGCAAUACUUGGUACCCAUUUUUACAGAUUUGGCCCAAUGGGAAGCCCAGUUCAGCUAUAUAAGCUAUAUAAGCAGGUAAAGGGGGUGAUAUAUCAAUAUUAAAAUGAAAUUUUUUUGUCACGAUUCAAUUUUUUUUGUGCUCAGAAACUCAAAUUUCAGAUAUUUAGAAAGUGCAAAAACUCAACUUUAAAAAUUCAGUUAUGUACAGAAGUCAACUGGAGUUGUCCUAGGCAAAGUCAAGCCAUAUUUUUAGUUUGAGAUUUUUGAGUUUUCUGAAAUUUAUAAACUCCAAAAUUCAAGGUAUUCAAGUUUUUUUUUAUUUGAAUGAGUUUAUUUGAAUUAGAAAAACACUCUUGAAUUGACAAACUUGAAAACUGAUAGAUAAGCCCUUUUAAGCCUCAGGGUGCCAUUUACAAACCAUCAGAUUUGUUUUUUUAUGUUACGAUUUGGAUUUUUAUAGCUUUAUUUAUUGCUGGAUGUUUAUCGCGGCUACUUAUCCGAAUGUGACAAUUCACCAAUUCACUUGCAGAGAUCAUGUAGAACGCAAUGGCAGAUGUCCUUUCCCUGGAGAAUCCUCCUUUUGCUUUGGAACUUUGGAGGUUUCGGAUUUUUUGUGUGACAAUUCUAAAAAGUUGCAAUUUUCAUUCAAAUUUUAACAUUAAAAAAAUGAGAGAGUAUUAGUUAGUCUGCUCCUCAGUAUGUCAGGAAGAGGCUAUCACAACUGUGCUACAAUAACAUGGCCAUGGGGUUUUCCGCUGCCCAAAGGUGCUAAUCAGCAGUUUUUGAUGCUCUAGCACAGUUGAAAUAAAGAAAAGAAAGUGUUAUUUAGCUGCUAUGUGUUACUGGAGGGGCGGAAACCUUUGCUCUCGUUGCAACUCUCACAGUAAUUACGUAAAAUAAAUUGUGAUAUAAAAGAGAAACCACAGGUAGAAGCACUGACUAUAGACAGAGCCCUAAUAGCUCCACCUUUUGUCGGGGCUUCAACAUAUACAGAGAAGCCUCUGCUUCCAGUACUGACAAUGAUGUGGACUCUCAGCCUACUUCUACUGGGGGGAUUUCUGCCCCAAGCAUUUAUGGAGCCUCAUGCACCAGGACAAACAUCUGAUGCAGAUUUACAUGUCUUACAAUCACCCCCAUCCCUUGUGCUGACUAAGGGGGACCAAGCUACUCUGCACUGCUCCUUCCCAGCUGGAGACCCUAAUGGAAAAGGCGCAGUGUCCUGGCACAGGGUCAGUUUGGAGGAAGACACAAGCUCCAGCCGAACUCUCUCUUUCGGAGGACGCUUUUCCUUGGCUUAUCCUAAGACUUCGCUGGGUAAAGGGAAUGGAUCCUUAGUCAUCAGUAACAUAAGCUGGAAAGAUGCUGGUACCUAUUUCUGCAAGGUCUGGUUAUGGGGAAAGGAAGAGAAACAAGGCAAUGGAACCCGGCUCGUUGUUUAUGGUCACCCAAACCAGCCAGAGAUUUACCUUCAGGUCCAUGGACAGAAAGAAGGAACAAUAACAUUGGCAUGUAGAACCUUUGGUUUUUACCCAGCUCCAGUUAACUUUAGUUGGCAUGGUUCAGAUGUAUCAUUAACAGCCCUUGGACCAGCGGAACUAUGGGAAUCUGAAGCUGGAGGCUUUCAGUCCAUCCAUUAUGUGGCCAUGCCAUUUAGCUCCACAUGGGAUAUCAAGACCAUCACUUGCUCUGUCAGACAUGUCUCCCUGGUGGAGCCGCUGAGCAGUAACUACACCUACGAUCCUGGGGAACGCGGGCUGUCGGGGAACCAGCUUAUGAAAUAUCUCAAUAUUAUUAAAAUUAGCCUUGUUUUGGGCCUGCUAAUGAGCAUGAUACCAACAGUUGGGAGGAAAUGUAGAAAAAUGAAAUAGAUGAACAUUUUGAUAGCACCUUAAAUGAACCAUGGGAUUGUAUCUUCUCUACUAUGUGUGACCACCGACCCAGCAGAAGUUCCUGAUCUAUUGUACAGAACUUGGAUACUUGGACAUAAAGGGAUAUCUUCCCUAGAAGAGUGUUUGCCAUUCAUUCAACUUUCCCACUUACAAUUAAAUGCAACACUGAUUAUGGACUUGACAUUCAACUUUAAAUUCAUAAGCCACAUCAAUAAUGGGAGUGUUAUCCCUCCCCCCAUUGCUUUGUUUCUUUAGUGGGGGCUGCCAUACUUGUUACUUAUUGUAGCAACCAGUUGAAUGCCAUCAUUUCACUAGUAAGAGUUGGAUAUUGUUAAUAAAAACAGCAAGAAAGGCAACAUACAGAUCUGAGAGAUCUCAAAUAAAAAGUGAUUUUAGGAGGAAUUUUGGCUUUGUUUUUUGCUCAGAUUAAUAAAAAAAAAUUCUGAUUA